UAGAGGCAGGGGCAACACACACACACACACACACACACACACAUAUACACACACACACACAAAAACACUCCCUAAAGCCCCACACACACUUUAAUUUGGGUUUUAUGGUGUUAUGUGUGUGUCAGUGGUUCCAGGGUUUCCAUGGGAACAGGAAAUCCUUUUCUCAUUUUGUGUGUGUGUGUGUGUGUGUGUGUGUGUGUGUGUGUGUGUGUGUGUGUGUGUGUGUGUGUGUGUGUAACAUUUUUCAUGAUCUUGUGCAGAAACAUGCAGUGGUUUGAUUGGACUCCUCCGCUCUCAUUUCUCGUGUGUUUACUUGUUUGAAACGUCUAUAUUUAUCACAAACAUGUACACACACACAUAUACACACAGAUACACACACGCAGUUGAGCACUGCUUGGACGCGCAUUUAAUUGAGGACACACAUUUCAGUGCUGCAGACGAUUGUGUGUGAGACGCUUAGCUGGACAGAGAGAGAGAUAGACCGAGAGACGGAGAGACAGAGAAAGACAGAGACAGAAGGAGGUGUGUGGUGUGUUUUGUAGGAGAUGCAGCUCGACUCUCAUCAGUGAUACUGAGGCAGCAUGUUUAGGCCUCAGCACCCUCUGGAGAUGAACAUGUGCUCUGUUCAGGACUGUAAUAAACACAGGCUGCAGAUCCGUCACACACGUUCUCCUCACCUCUGAUGGAGAGAUCUGAGUACCACUACUACAUAUGGCUCCAUUUCUUGCUGAUUAAAACAAGACCAGACCAGGCUCUUAUGGGCGGAGCUUAAACUAGAGCACACAGCUGAUUGGUCGUUUUUUACACGUUUUAUGAGUUAUAUGACAACUUUGAAAAAGCAGAAGAAUGGACAGAAGGGUGACUGGAGAAAGAGGAGGGUUGAAGAAAAGCACACACAUCGUCCCCUGCUUCUUAUUUGUGGAGUUGGUCAUCAUGUCGGCCGUGGUGUUACUGGCGUAUUAUUUCGAGUACACAGACACCUUCCCGGUCCACCUGCGAGGCUUCUUCUGCUUUGACCGGACCUUCUCUCGCCCCUACCCUGGACCUGAGGAGUCGAGUCGAGCUCCUCCUGCACUCGUCUACUCACUCGUCACAGCCAUUCCCACCAUCACGAUCCUAGUCGGCGAGUUGGCAGCAUUUUUCUCCAAGCCCGAGUCUCCUCAGGAGAAAACUAUCGUCACUGCAGACUGCUGUUAUUUCAGUCCCAUGCUGCGGCGUCUUGUUCGAUUCCUGGGCAUUUACUCCUUUGGCCUGUUUGUCACCACCAUUUUUGCCAACGCGGGUCAGGUGGUGACAGGAAGUCAGGCGCCUCACUUCCUGUCUGUUUGUCGUCCAAACUACACGGCUCUGGGCUGCAAGUCUUCACUGCAGUAUAUUAGUGAGAGGAGGGCGUGUCGGGGGAAUCCCUCCAUCAUCACCUCCGCACGCAAGUCCUUUCCUUCUAAAGACACAGCACUGAGCACCUACUGCGCCGUCUACACUGCUAUGUACAUCACCUUGGCAUGCAAAACUAAAGGUACGCGUUUAGCCACACCUGCUCUGAGCCUUGCUGUCAUCUCAUUGGCUGUCAUGGUGGGCGUGGUCAGAGUGGCAGAGUACCGAAACCACUGGUCUGAUGUUCUGGCAGGUUACAUCACAGGGGGCGCUAUUGCAUCAUUUCUGGUGAUAUGUGUGAUUAAUAAUUUUCAGCAGAAGUUGCCCCCAAAACCAACACCUGCUCUACCCCUCCCACCUCCACCUCCACCUCCACCUCCAUCUGAACUUCCCUCCAUCACCAUGCCCAGUGUGGAGAGUCCACUUGAAAAGUUUCAGGCGUUUCGUUCUCAGGUGCCACAUGACGAUCAGCAUUAUUUACUCUCCGCCCCUCCUGAUGUUCUCGUCCAAUCCCGUCGCCCCCUUACCAGUGCAGUGUAAACCUCCACUCACCUAUUACGCUACCUGUGCAUAGCCCCGCCCAUACCUUGCAUAGUCCCGCCCACACCUAAAAUCCUCCUCAUACCGUAUUCAUACAUUUCAUUAAUGAUCCCAGAAAGACUCCCUUCAAACAAUCAGACAAUCAGUAGUGCACUUUAUCUCACCAAGUCUCACAGAGUGGACACAAAAAUGACCUAGUGCACUAGAGAUACAAGAUUUGAGACGGACCCGUAAGUCAGGUGUUAAAUAUUUUCAAUAAUGAUCUUAUUUACAUUAAAGAACUGAUUCACUCUUUAAUAUGAAUGUAAAAUUUAAACUCAAUUAAGGGGAAAGAAUAAAGAGCAGGACUGUAGCAGGGUGAAGCUCCUGUUAGUCACCACCAUCAUCAUCAUUUCUAUUUUUUUCUUCUUUACAUUUAAUCCCCUGUGUUUAUUUCAUUUCCUUUACACAAGCAUGUUUACUCUCAGAACGUGACCUUUGACCCCUUUAAAAUAAAAAAAUAAUAAAUUAAAUAAUAAAUUAACAUUAUUUUACUUACAGAUAAAAUAAGUCUGAAACUAAUAAAGAAAAAGAAGGAUUUUUUAAAUAAACAAAAUAAAAUGUAUAAAAGUAAAAUGUAUAUAGAAUAAGAUAAUGAAUCAUCACUUGGUUGUUUUUUCUGUGUGUAUUAACUGUAAAGUAUAAAAUAUUUUAAAAAUCCUUUAUUUUUUGUAGUGAAUAAGAGCUAAUUUUAAAAAAAAUUUUCCUUGUAUUCCUGUUUCAGCUGAUCAUCAGAAAUAAACCUGAGCAGUGACGUGGGUUUGGUCCUGCACAUCUCCUGAUGGUUUACUGAGAUCACCUCAAAAUUCUACAACAUUCACCUCAGGCUCAAAAUCCACUGUAUCACACUAUAUCACAGAAACGUUCACAAACUCUACUCUAAUUAUCAACAUAAACAUUCCAGUGAGAGAAAUAAAUAUAAAGUGAUAUCAUUAUUUAUUCUAUGGAAUAAAAAUAAAACAGAUGUUUAAAGCUUGAAAUUAUAAAUAGAAUUAAAUAAAGAAUAAAACCACACAGCAGGUGUAUUCCUGUGAGAGAGAAAAUAAAAUAAAAUAGAUUAAUAUGAACAUACAACUGAACAUUGUAAAGAGUUAAAUCUGUAUAUUUAUUCAUUAAAACCAAAUUUACCUUUAUUUCAUAUAGAAUCCACAGAUAUGCAGCUCUGACAGGAAUAUAAAUAUAUUUAUAAUGUUUAUCUGCAAUGUUUUACUGUGUGUGUGUGUGUGUGUGUGUGUGUGUGUGUGUUGUGAACUCGUUUGUGGUCGAUUAUGAUCAUGUAGAUGAUGUAUGAUGUAGCUGCUGUCUCUGUUUUUAUAAACGUUACAAAAAUAAAGAAAUGUAAUUCGA